AUGACGUUUAUAUUAGGAUGUGGUAAUAUAGGCUCUUUGAUAGCCACCUCGCUAAAAAAAGUGUCAAGGUCGGAAAUAACGUUGAUAUUCCAAAAUCAAAAAAGAUUAGAACAAUUUGUCAAGAAUGAAUCCACCAUCACCAUGAAAUACUCCAAUAUUAACCAGAUUGAAUCAACACAAUUUCCAGCUAUGACAUACAGCAGUCUACGAAAGUCAUACAAUCAGCGAUUGCGCUCCCUUAAUAAAACUAUAGAUCAAUUCAUAGGAAACCAGCCGCCCCAGCAUCCGGAGCAGAUAUCAGAGUCAUCAUUCCCAGUUGAUGAAGGCAAGAGAUUUAUUGAUAAUCUAAUUAUCACUACAAAAGCCCAGGACACAUACAAUUCUUUGCUUCCACUUUUCCCCUUAAUUAAUGACCAAACCAAUUUGGUAUUUAUCCAGAAUGGUGCAGGUGUAGUUGAACAAAUCUAUAAGUCUUAUUUUGCCAAACUACCUCCAAAUCAACGCCCUGCAAAUAUUUUUCAGGGAAUAAUAAACCAUGGUGUUUAUAGACUAGAUAACAAAAAUUUUGAAUUCACGCAUACUAGUAGGGGUAAAGGAGAAUUGAAACUUGGAAAAUAUACUGACCCAAACGGCUCAGAGAUCGACAAAUCAACAGAAUUGCCGGAAAUCAUUAGUGAUCUUGCAAAAACAGACCUACAUGUCAGUUAUAGUCCUAAUCCACUUGAUUUCCAGUUAGUAUAUUUUGAAAAGCUAAUUGUGAACGCUAUCGUGAACCCGCUAACCACGCUAUUCGAAUGCAGAAAUGGUGAAUUGUUGGAGAUGUCAAGAAUCAGGCCAUUAAUGACCAAAUUAUUGAAAGAAGACAUCAAAUUUCUUUAUCUUAAUUAUUUCAAUGAAAAGAAUUAUAGUGCAUCAGAUUUACAGAUCAUCCAAAACACUAUUGACGAAGAGCGUUUAAUGAAUAUCAUUCUCAAGGUUAUAAAACUAACGGCCAAUAAUUAUUCAUCAAUGUUACAAGAUUACAAGUUGAACAAAAAAUCAUUUGAAAUUAAUUAUCUCAAUGGAUUUUUUGUUAGAUCGGAUACUAGUAAUACUCCUUAUAACAAAAUGUUGGUUGAUAUGAUACAAAACAAGCAAGAUAUGAGAGACUAUAAGCAAAGUAAUAUUAGUUUAUAG